GCCGGGGAGCGGUGUGGGGGCUGCACCGGCUCCGGCCGGAUGGCUUAGGCGGGUGCACGGCCCCUGCCAGGCAGAGGUUGGCUGAAGGGCUGGAGGCAAGAUGGCUGCGCUGGCUGCUCCUCGCCUGGCCCGGGUUGGGAUAUUUCUUUUGCGGCCUAGCACUGUGACACCUGUCCACGCUCAGUCACUCCAUGAGACGCCAGCGACCGGCCAUGCUGACAGCCCAUCCCAGGUCCAGCAAAAGAGCACUACCGUCGUCCAGAAAAAAUCCUACGUCCCUACCAGCCGGGGAGAGUAUAUUGUUACCAAACUCGAUGACCUAAUCAACUGGGCUCGUAGGAGCUCCCUGUGGCCAAUGACCUUUGGCCUGGCAUGCUGUGCAGUGGAGAUGAUGCACAUGGCGGCUCCUCGCUAUGACAUGGAUCGCUUCGGGGUGGUGUUCCGGGCCAGCCCCCGGCAGGCGGACGUCAUGAUUGUGGCCGGCACCCUGACCAACAAAAUGGCCCCAGCCCUUCGGAAGGUUUAUGACCAGAUGCCUGAACCACGCUACGUGGUCUCCAUGGGAAGCUGCGCUAAUGGUGGUGGUUACUACCACUACUCCUACUCCGUGGUGAGGGGCUGCGACCGCAUUGUGCCAGUGGACAUCUACGUUCCAGGCUGCCCACCUACCGCCGAAGCACUGCUCUAUGGAAUCCUGCAGCUGCAGAAGAAAAUCAAGCGGGAGAAGAAGAUUCAAAUCUGGUACAGGAAAUAGCCUCCCUUAUUUAUGACCUAGCUAUUCACCCCCUUCCCUGACAGAGAAAUGUAUUGGUAUUGUCACGCACACUGCAGCUGUGGUCUGCACAAGCCUCACAAUAAAAUGUGAUCUGUUUAACGUGA